UAACGCGCACGCACAAACCUCCCACCCCCGCAACAUCUCUCUCUCUCUCUCUCUCUCUCUCUCUCUCUCUCUCUCUCUCUCUCUCUCUCUCUCCUCAGCGUGCAUCUCUGAGUUUAAUAGCCUUGGGUGGAUGGGUGUUAGGCCCCACUUCGUUAUGCAGUCUUUGCAACGUCUUAUUGAGGCUCCGAAAGUAUUUUUGCGUGAAUAUUAAUGACGACACACGAGGCAAUGCGCUCAUUUUUACGACCUUAUUCAAUCUGAAAGGAAAUUGGAUGAAGUGCAGCAUGGCAGAGCUUCCUGAUGAGCAAGACAUGCUAACAGAAGAAGAGACUGAAGGCUCACUUACACCUAACCCUCUGCGCACAUCUCUUUGGAAGAGAAUGUGGAGAGCAAGCAUUACAGCUGUAGAAUAUCUUCUUCUGUAUACUCUCUCUCAAGUUACAGGUCUGUGGGUUCUCUACAUGCUGAAUGGAUACAGAGCUUUACCAGCAGCAUAUAAAGUGUUGGGCCUUCUCCAGUACAUUCUUUCAAAUACAGAGUCUUCUGACCAACAGAUGGAGAUUUGGAGAGUUGAGUGUGUAUGUCCACUAUUAGCAACACUGUUCCUGGGAGUAGUUAUCCUUGGCACUGGAGCACUGUUCUGCAUUAGAACUUUGGUCCCUGGUAACUCCACUGGCUCCCAUGAUGACCGUCGCCAAUCCAUGAGCAGACAGCCUUCCUUUACUUACUCAGAGUGGACUGAUGCCAAGCAGGAGGAUUUUUAUGACAUGGAUGCAGUUCCUGAGACACCUGUGUUUGAUUGCUUCAUGGACAUAAAGACAGAUGGUGACCCGGCUACCCUCAUGGUUAAACCAGUUGGCCUGCAGGAAAGGAGAGGUUCAAAUGUGUCUCUGACUUUGGAUAUGUGCACUCCUGGUACCACAGAGCCAUAUGGGAUGCUGUUGUCUCCUCGAGACCAGAGUACACAAGAGUACUUGGAGAAUGCAUCUAAUCCUCUCACACCCACACAGCUACAUAUGUGUGCUCUGGAUGAUGCCACUCUACAAGCUGAGUUCUAUGAGGCACCGAUGAAUUUUGUGGACCCAAAGGAAUAUAACAUUCCAGGUGUAGUGAGGAAAAACCGCUACAAAACCAUCCUGCCAAACACGCACAGUAGGGUCUGCCUUCAAGGAACAAAGGAGGAUGACUUUCUCAGCACAUACAUAAAUGCUAACUACUUGAAGGGCUAUGGUGGGCAAGAGAAGGUAUACAUUGCCACUCAGGGUCCAACUGUAAACACAGUGGGAGAUUUCUGGAGGAUGGUUUGGCAAGAACGCUGCCCAAUCAUUGUCAUGAUCACCAACAUUGAGGAAAAAAAUGAGAAAUGCACAGAAUACUGGCCAGAGGACAGUGUGACCUAUGAAGGCAUUGAGAUCACGGUCAAACAGUUCAUUCAGGCUGAUGACUACAGUCUGAGGAUUUUCACUGUGAAGUAUGAAAGUGAGGAGCGCAAUCUCAGGCACUACUGGUACACAUCAUGGCCAGAUCAGAAAACUCCAGAUAAAGCCCCACCUCUUUUACAAUUGGUUCAAGAAGUGGAAGAAGCAAGGAAACGGGCUUCACCCUCUAGUGGCCCUGUCAUUGUUCACUGCAGUGCAGGAAUUGGCCGCACUGGCUGCUUCAUUGCCACUGCUAUCCUGUGUGAGCAGCUAAGACAUGAAGGAGUGGUGGAUGUCUUGAGAACCACCAGCCAACUUCGUUUGGACAGGGGUGGCAUGAUUCAAACAGCUGAGCAGUACCAGUUUGUGCAUCAUGUUCUGAGUCUGUAUGAAAGACAGCUGACUUGGAGACCAGAAGAAUAGCAUUUGCCACACCACAUUGUGACCCUGUCAACACUUUACAUCUGCCUGCACAAGACCUCAACAAGUCAAGCAUCUGUUGUGCUCCUGCUAAAUGAUGGGUUAUGUGUAAAUGUUCAAGACUAUAACUCAGGGCAUCAACUCCCCAAAAUGCUUCUGUGUAUUAGAAUCAGUCUUAAUUCAUAAGGCAUCAUGGUGGACCAGGACAUGCUCUCAACUAAAGUUACACUAACAGUAAACCAGGUCUAUGCCUUAAUGUUGCUCCCACUCCACAACAAUACUGACCCUGAAAUAUGGCCUAAAGAUAUUUGAUCACUUUAAUAGAAACAUUUGUAUACCUGCUCAUUUAUGCAGUUAUCCAAUCAGCCAAUCAUGUGUCAGCAGCACAAUGCAUUAAUUCAUGCAGCUAUAGGUCGUCACAUCAGAGUUGGAAAAAAUCUCUGUGACUGAUUUCAUUAUUUCAGAAACUGCUGAUCUCCUGGAAUUUCCACACAAAACAGUGUCUAGGGUUUACACAGAAAGCUUCAAAAUAACAAUAGUAACUCAAAUAAGCACUAUUUACAACUAUGGUAAGCAGAAAUGUAUUUCAUAAUGCACAACACUCCAAACCUCAACACAUUGUGGGGGAUAGGCUACAACAUCGAAAGACCAUAUCAGUUUUCACUGUUUCCAAUGCUUGCAUGUUACUGCUGCAACAAUUUUUAAAUUUAGCUGUAAAGUUAGUUUUUUUUUUAUUUGAUAGUCUCCCCAAAAUUACCAAGAAGUGCCUUGAAACAGUAUACAGCUCCAAAUGCUUUUCAGUGUAUGUAAUUUGAAAUAAUUCAUUUAUAAUGUUUUGUUCCAUAUUGAUAGUGUCAAAUGUAGACACCUAGUAUUUACUGAAACUGUUAAAUUAUAUAUUUAAAAUGUAAAUUAUAAAAUGUGAUGUGUCAAUUUAAAAGAGUAUGUUAAGGUCAUUCAAACAGUAUUAAGAAAUAGUUAGUUACAUUGUAAUAACAGGCCAUCAUUUGUAUCAUUUUAGGUGAGGAAAAAUAAUGGUUCAAAUAGACUUUCAAGUAGGCUUAACUGGAAUACAUAAAGCCUUUUGUUUUGAUUAAAAAGAAAGCAGUGGCUUAUUUUCCAGAAUGUGAGAUUCAUACUUUGAAAGCUAUUUUAAGUAUGGUUUUAAUAUUUCUAGUACAUAUAUAAAAUUGAAUCAUUUUCUUUUAUGAUUGCUUCAAACUGGCUUAUUCCAGUCUAGUAGGUGUAGGAUUUUUGGCAUUCUAUCAGAAUGCCAGACCUUUCAAGGUCAGUGUCUGGUUUCAGAGGAAGAGAGCAAAUCCAUUUAAAAUGUACAUCUUUCUAAUUGUAUUUGAUAGGGAAAACGUGUUAGUGGCACACAUCAAUUUCACAUGAACACUUGCCUGGUCACACCCUCUACUUGGUAGGAUGCUUUUCUGUCUUUCACAUCUUUUUCUAUAGGAUGAAUUUGAGUAUUUACUCAAUCUUUAAAAGUAUUGUGAAUGUGCAGCAAAACAACUCAUAUGUAUGGUGUGGAUCCUGGAAAAAAAAACUGUGUUAAACAAUUCAUGAUUCAUGUUCAUGUCAAGAUACACUAGUUUGAUGACAAAGAUAAAUUAGUAGAAUAAAAUCUGCAAUAUGAAUGAUAUUAAUAAACUUAAUAUUUUAAAUUACAGUUUAAAUUGUAGAUAAUUUGUGCACAGUAAUUUUCAUAAUUUCAAUGUCAGCCAAAGUUGACAAAAAACAAAAUUCAAACAUGUGUACAAAGUUCACAGCAGGAAUUAUGAAGAAAUUGAAGAAAAUAUAUAAAAUAAACUUGUUUGCUACAUAUGGAUAAUUAAUAAUUCUCUGAAGCAUUUCCUCCUCUUUACUACAUUGUAAAUAAAGGCAGAAAAAAUAAGGUACAAUAAUAUGCGAUUGAUUGUUGGUCAACCUGGAUAGUAAUACACACACACACACACACACACACACACACACACACACACACACACACACACACACACA